AUUGCCAUAAAAGAAACUGCUGAAUACCUUAAUCCUCGUAAAUCCUAUCGUAAAGGCAUACAUGAGAAUGAUAAAAAAUUUGACAUUGAAAAUUUUAUCUCGAUAUUUUAUAAAUAUAAAAAUGUAAUUGACUUUAUUAAAAACAACAAAAAAGAAUUAGAGAAUUUUACCUUGGCAACCAUGGCUCAAGAUGGGGUUAUAUUUUAG